ACAUAUUCAAUAUUAUCAACGUUUAUCGAUUAGUCAAACAGUUGUGUUUUGUUGAUUUAGUUGUGUGUAUUGAGAAAAUAUAUCGGAUCAAUUUUCAUAAUUUUCUGAAACUGUUUGAAAAAUGACCAGCACAAGAAAAUGGGUCACCGAUAUCGAUGAUUAUAAAUGUGAACUUCCCGAAGAAACAAUUGAAUUAGCGAAAAAUGAGUUACGUGAAGAUCCUGAUACUCGUGACCAAACGUUGAAAUCAUUACGUAAUUGGAUAAUGCAAAAUCCAAGGAUAUUAAACUGUCGAAUGGAUGCGAGAUUUUUAAUACGUUUUUUGCGCUCCAAGAAAUUCAGUGUUGUUCAAGCUCAAGAAGCAUUGGAACGGUAUAUUCUUCUACGAACAACAUUUGGCAUAGCAUUCAAUUGUUUGGACAUACAAAUUCCUACAAUGGAAGAAUUAGUUGAUCUUGGAUAUUUAUUUGCAUGUCCACAACGAGACUCGAAAAAUCGUCGUGUAAUUGUUGCUCGUCCAGGUGUUUUCGAUCCACUAAAAUAUUCUAAUGCUGACAUGUGUCGCAUUCAUGGUAUUGUCUAUGAAACGCUUAUGGAAGAUGAAUUAAAUCAAAUCCAUGGAUUUGUCCAUUUUGCCGAUGGACAAGGUGUUGGAUUCUCACAUUUAACGUUAUUUACACCCAAAGAGGCGAUAAGAAUUGUGAAAAAUGGUGAACGUACUUUACCAAUGCGACAUAAAGAGGUGCACGCAAUUAAUGUACAUCCAUCCGUGAAAUUUGCUCUAGAUUUUGGAAUGAGUUUAAUUUCAGAGAAAAUACGAAAACGUGUGAAAAUUUAUACAUCAUUAGAUGAUGCUUUGAAAAAUGGUAUGGAUACUACAGUGUUGCCCAAAGAGUAUGGAGGUACAAUGCCUAUGGAAGAAAUGAUAAAAAUCUUUAAAAAAGAAUUACAUGAGACACGAGAUACAAUUAUGAGCCACGAUCUCAUGGAAGUGAAUGUUGAAAUGUACAGCGAAAAGGCACGAGAAGGUGCUGUAUCAGCAUUACGACGUGAAGUAUCUUGUGGAGCUGUUGGUGAUAUGAUGCAAGGUGUUACUGGAAAUUUCCGUAAAUUAGAGGUGGAUUAAUAUUAAAAAAAUAUAUUCAAAAUUUAUAUUUUAUUAUUUUUA